CCAAUCAAACAGUGGCGUAAGUGUCGUGGCCCCGCCCACCUGAUUUGUUGUCGUACUGUGGCCAUUUUACACUUGGAUCCCUCUAAUAUAGGGCUUUUCAACUGGGCUUUAACCUGACAUUUUACAAACUGUCUUUUUGCAUUUCCUCUGUGCAUCUAAUGCUGUAAACAAAUCAAAAAAGGGUGGAGGAGAAUCAGUGGCUCGACAUGGACUAUGAACGGAGCAGGGGUGGGCGAGGUGACCGGAUAGGUCGCUACGGCAACACUAGUGAUAACCACAAUUUUCAGGACAUGGACUACAGAGGGUAUAGCCAAGAGGAUGAGGAGGCUGGGCAAAUUGACUUUCCACCAGCUCAGCUAGAAAUUAGCCCAGCUUUCCAAAACAGUGGAAAUGAGCGGGGGGACAUCGGGCAGGAAGGUCAAGGGGUCCCGUGGCCUCCUUGCUCCCGGUCACAGACUGAUCUUGCCUAUCCCAUGGUCCAGCGAGAGGAAGCGGCAUCCAGACUGGAAGUUGAGCAGUUACAGACUGGCCCAUGUGAAAGGGUUCAAGAAAAGGGGGGAAGAGGUUUUAAUGAACAUAGUGCCACUCUUUUAGUAAGUGGUGGGGGCGACUGGGGUUGUGGUAAUGCUCAAUCUGACCGGCUUGAAUACAAUACAUCAAGGCAAAGAGAAGAGGACUGGAGGAAGAGGAGGGCCAUUUCAGUAGGGUCAGAGGAGCACAGCUGUGGGAGCGCUACUCGAGACUUAUCGCUUGAGGAGUUGGAUCAGAAGGACCAGGACUACCGUGCAGAUCCAGACCACAACCAGAAGCCCAGCAACAUCAUAAUGCUUCGCAUGCUGCCACCUAAUGCCACAGGAAGUGAGAUCCGGGCACAGCUACAGGAGAAAGGUAUCCAGCCAAGAGAAGUUCGCCUUAUGAGGAACAAAUCUUCAGGUCAGAGCCGAGGAUUCGCCUUCGUCGAGUUUAAUCUCAUACAGGAGGCCACCCGCUGGAUGGAGACCAACCAGGGGGUGCUGUCUAUUCUAGGACAGAGAGUGUCUAUGCACUACAGCGAUCCAAAACCACGUGCCAAUGAGGACUGGCUCUGCAACAAGUGUGGUGUGCAGAACUUUAAAAGGAGAGAGAAGUGCUUCAAAUGCAGUGUGCCUAAAUCAGAGGCUGAGCUGAAGUUGCCUCAAUUGCAAAAGGAUUUGCCUGUUGGUCUUCAAAAGGAGGGAGCCCAGGGCUUACUCCCACUGCCAGCACCCUACCACUCAUCUGGUCCUACUGUCACCCCAGUCACACAGCAGGCAGAUCUUGCCAAUGACACACUUAUACUAAGGAAUCUUGGUCCACACACGUCAAUGGAGGCCAUUCUAUCUGCUUUAGCUCCAUUUGCCACGCUCUCUCCUUCCAAUGUUCGUCUAAUCAAGGACAAGCACACGCAUCUCAACAGGGGCUUCGCGUUUCUACAGCUUUCAACCAUAGUGGAGGCAUCUCAGUUGCUCCAGAUCUUGCAGGCACUGCAGCCAGCUCUCACCAUCGACGGGAAGGCUAUCGUGGUGGAGUUUGCCAAGGGCUCCAAACGUGACGUGUUCCUGACAGACGGCAGCAGGGUCAGUGCUGCUACAGUGGCGAGCACAGCUAUAGCAGCUGCACAGUGGGCUGUCACACAGACCACUCAGAAUGGAUUAGGUCGAGGUCAGAGCAUAGAUACCGCAGUGUAUCAGCAGGGGGCAGCAGUAGCAUACAGCCAGGAGGGAACUGAAUACUCUGCACCAGAUGGCACAGCUUUCAAGGCCCAGGCAGAUGCCAGGGUUGCUGCUAUACCCAGUGCAGGAGUAGCCCUGAUGGGAGCAUACGCAGCAGUAGCUGCCCCUGCUGGUAUUACAUCAGAGUUGGUGGCGUCUGGAUCAGCAGUCGGGCAUCCGAACACUCAGGCACCGGCUGUGCUCAGCACCACAACUGCUACCGCACCAGUCACACAGGUUGAGAUAGUAGGAAAACCACAACCAGCUGCCUCCAGCCAGCCUGCGACCCCAGGCACUGAACACGAGCUCCAAAAAUAUCCUGUGCCAGAUGUGUCCACAUACCAGUAUGAUGAAAGUUCUGGCUACUACUACGACCCACUCACAGGCCUCUACUAUGACCCUAACUCUCAGUACUACUACAAUCCUCACAGUCAGCAGUACAUGUACUGGGAUGGAGAGAAGCACACCUACAUUGCCGCCGCUGCUGGCCAGUCGACCGCUGAUGGUGCCCCAGUGAGCGAUAAUGGUGCACCUUCAGACUCACCAUUCUCAACUCCUGGUAGCAAGGAGAAAAAAGACAAGCCCAAGAGCAAAACUGCUCAACAGAUUGCCAAAGACAUGGAGCGCUGGGCUAAGACUCUUAAUAGACAGAAGGAGAACAUGCGUUCCGUGUCCUCGUCUCCUGCCAACAGCUCUGCAGCACUACCUCCCGGGUAUACUAGGACACCUGGCCACGGUCAUCAAGAUGAUCGGCGAGAGUCUGCGAGUGCUGAUGCAGGCUACGCUGUUCUGGAGAAAAAGGGGGCACUGUCUGAAAGGCCUCAGAUGUUCUUGGAUCAGAUCCGACAAAGUUCAGAACAUUCCCCACCACAGCAACGGGGACUGGUCCCAGCCUACAGUGGAGAAACUGACAGUGAAGACGAAGGAGGUGAAAAGGAGGAGAAAGAGGGCAGAAUGACAGACUGGGCCAAACUGGCCUGUCUGUUGUGCAGGAGGCAGUUUCCCAGUAAGGAGGCUCUGAUCCGGCACCAGCAGCUCUCUGAGCUACAUAAGCAAAACUUGGAGCAGAGAAGACACCAACUGGACGCUGCAGGAAAGGAGCGAUCUGUAGGUGGACUUGAACCGCCUGAUCCAAAGAAAAGGAAGUUCAAUCCUGUUGACGGCAUCACAGGCACCAGUCUUGGAGCGAGGAUGCUGCAGGGAGGCGUAAAAAAGGGUCUUCUGUUGCGCAAUAUGCAAGUGGAGUGAUUCCUCAACCUUGAAACCUCAACUUCCUGACCCACACAGACAACAGCAAAGCCCAACACACAAUGCUUUACGAUUAACAUAGACAUAUCUGUAGAUAAAUCUGUAACGUUUGGUUCGACAGUAAUUACCUCAGCUGUGAUAAUAAAAUCAUGUGAACUGACCGUGUAGCAGUGGGUGCCAGGAAAUUGCACAGACAGCACCUUUUUUGCUUUCUCCCUGAAUGAUGCAGUUUAGAGUUCUCGCUUGCUUCAGAGUUUUAUGAAGAAAUGUGUGCUGUUGUGAAAUGACAGAUCGAUAUAGAUUUUUAUGGCUGCAGAUGGGAUUUUCUAAUAUUACUGUCUAUGCACUAUAGAUUUUUUUAAUUUAACCCUACACGCCUUGUCAUCUGGUGAAUGACUGAUCAGGGCAUGACCUGUGUGUACAUAUUAGGAUGAGCACUUUUUUACCAGUCAGCUGUUGGACAGUGGCCUCAUGAAGUGAACAGGGUCACACAGCAUGUAGAGAAGUGUCACGUAAUUCACAUAUAAUCUCAUGAUAUAAUACAUGGUUGUCUCUGGAGAAAUGUAUGUUUUAUUCCUUUAUUUGUUCAAGAAUGUGCCUGUGUAUCAUCAAACCCGUGUAAAUUAAGUUUUCAUUACAUUUCAUUUUCAUUAUG